AUAUAAAAAUUGGAAGUUUUUAUUAAAAUACAGAAAUUCAUUUUAUUUUAUCAAUCUAUGAGUUUUUCACUUAUCAACUGUAUUUAAAAAAUAUUUUUCAAACUAUGUAAAGAGCCCUUGAUAAUAAAAAUAUAGUUUUUAAGUAUUUUAAACACACCAAAAUCAAAUUCCUUAUUAUUACAUUUACCCUUUAUUCCAAUCUUUGAUGAUACUCUUAAUUUUAAGUUACUUCAUUAUUCAACCAAGAGAAAAAAACUUUGUGUUAUAUAUGGCUUCAACUUGAAAUUAUACAUAUAUAUGUAAGUUAGUCACUCUUUUUAAGUUAGCCACUUUCAUUAUCUGUGUACCAUUUUUUUCUAUUGAUUAGGAAUAUAUUAAGAAUUUUAAUUACUAAAUAAGUUUUCUUAUGUUAAACAAUUUUCCCCACAGGUGCUUUUUUGUAAAAACUAGGCAAUGUAAAUUACAUAUUCUUAUGAAACAUUGUCUGGAAAGCCAGUGUGCCAUCUUCAAAGCCAGUAUUAUUAUUUCAGCAUUUUAUUGGAACCAAACUUUGAAUUAUGCUUUGCAGUCUAUUUUAAAAGUAUUUAAGUAAGUAAAAGACACAUUCUUAGUUAUCUAAGUUAUUCAAGUGUGCCACAACUUUAUUUCCAAGGAAAUGUUUUAAGAGAAUUCUUAUAUGAAAAUUGAAACAAUUUGAAUCUAGCUAUUUCUUUUUAUCCUUUUGAAAUUGAAUAUUUUCAGCAGUAAUGCUAAUGAUUAGACAAAAUCUCUGAAAUGGAUUGUUGAAAUAUUAAAAUACUUUAUUUAUACAUAGAAAUACUGUUUUGAGUAUGACCCCUAUUAUAUAAAAUGCAUCAACUUUUUACAUGUUGCUUUGCUAAAGUAAUAUCUAAAUGCUAGCUUUCCACACUUAUACUGGAAUCUGUAUUUUUCUUUAACAUUGUUAGUAAAUUCUGAUAUUGUGGAACUGUUGACCCAGUCAUACAUGUACAGAACUUGGCCUUUGAGUUAAUUAAAUAUGAGUUAAUAAUAUAUUAUAAGGAAAUUAUUAUCCUUAUUACAGUUAUUAGGUAGUUACUCAAAUUAUAGCUUCAAAGGAAUGCAGAGCAUGGAAAACUCAGGAUUAAAUUAUGCAUUUGAACCUUAGGCCAGCUUUUACUGUGGAGACAGUUUUCUGCUAAGACCAGAAUUGUAUGUCAUUGAAAUUAAAUGCUUUUCUGGGGAUGGAAGGUUCCAGUUUUUAAUGAAAUUACUGAGUGUGGUGUAGUGAAAUGAUUAAAAUCUGUAUUCCGGGAAUGUGGCAGGGAAAAAAAAUCAAUAAGUGCUAGCACAGCUUUGCUGCUCAAUGUGAAUCCUGAGAAUGAAAUAAACUAUUACAAAAAUAAUAAUUAAAAACAUAUCAGCACAUUAAUUUAUUUAGCAUCAGUCUCCUGAGACAUCAUCUUCACUAAUUUUUAGCAUACAUUUUACUAUGUAAUGAGCAGCCUUCUUUUCAGAUAUCCCUAUUAGACAGGCAGUAUUUCUGCCCUUCCCCCAGUGCUCCUGCAUUGCAAUCAUUGUACUUGCACUUAUUAUGUUACAAAUGACCGAGGUAAGGCUGACAUUCUCAGUGCAUGCAAAAAGACCUAGUCUGCCAAGCUUUUUUUUUUCCCCUAAUGAAGCAGCUUUGUGAAAUCUCCCCAUGUGUUAAUACUAAUGAAGAUCCUCCAGCACAAUUAAAAUCACAGCCAGUAGCUGAAGAGGAAACAUAAAACAAUAGCAUCUUUUAAGAUACAUUUAUCCACAUAUGCAUGUACAAAAUAUACAUAUAUGGUCAAAUUAUUUUUCUAUAGGUUGCCUUUCACUUACUCUUCAUCCUGAAAAUUAAAUUAUGCAGUUUUUAAGUUAUAUGAACUUUUGGGACUUUUAAUGUGUUCCAGAGGUAAAACACUACCUCAAUGAAAAAAAAAUUAUUUAUCUUCUUUGGUAAUAAAGCGUUAUCAAGGAUAAGGCCUUUUAAAAAAUUUUUUUUUAAGGAAACUACAGGGUGGUGUGUUGUAGGAGGGAAUGGGGUGUACUUCACCUUUAGUUUAACUUUAUUGGUUUCAGGAUGUUGAAAUUGGUGGAGGAAAAUGGAAGGGUAAAAAAUAGGAAGUUAGAAGAAAUUGUGGGGUAGACAAAUUGUAUACCUCGUGUGUAAUUUAAAGAUGGAGCAAUAGGCUACCUAGUCUUAACUUGAUUUUUUAAGUACUCUAAUUCCUACAAUUAGCUAUCCUCUCCCACCUUUUUUGCCUUCUCAGAAGUGUGUGUGUGGGGGGACUAUUGAGGUUACCUUUUGCAGUUUUAACGUAUAACUUUAAAAUGACUUAUUAUUUUAACGUUUUAUUUAAAUUUUAACUCAGUACAUAAACAUUACAGAAGCUUAACCUGCCCGGGUUAGGGCAGUAGCAUUUUUAUCCUGGGACCAUUCUGCGUACUGCUUUUUAUUUUGAGUUCCAAACAUAUUACAUUUAGUUGACUUUUAGAUUUUAACCAAAUUCUGAGUUUACAGACAAAGUUUAGGUGGACAUGGUUAAUCUACUCUCCCUAUUCGCCCGUGUACUUUUUUUUUUAAUUACGUUUUCAAUCCUAUUUUCUGUCUUCUCUACUUUUAAAAGUAAAACAAAACAUUAGAGUUCCUUAACUUUUUCCUGGAACAAGAAUCGGUGCAAACUCAAAGCUACAGGAUUCUUGGGAGGAAGAAGCCACCCCCUCCCUCCCUUGGCUACUUUAGGAGCUGAUGGGUCAUUUAUUAUUGGAACUGAAAUGGUAUAAACAAUUCUCUCUCUUUUUUCCCUUGUUAACAGCAACUUUCAUUGUUAGAGAGAGGAGAGAGAGAGAAGCCUUGUUGGUUGACGUCACUUGGUUCAUGAAGCCUUCGCCUAGAAGUGAAGCUGCUGAACAAACCUUGAGAAGAAUCAUCUCCUGCUUCAAUCUGCUGCUGGAUAGGAACUAAUCAGAGAGAGAGAGGCGGAAGACGGAGAAGGAGGGCGUCCAGGGCUUUGCCGAUCACAAAUCUCACCUCCACUCCAACUCUCCUUAUACUUUUCUUGCAAAAAUAAUAAUAGAAAUAAGGAGGUGGUGGGGUUUCCAAAACAAAAAUCGUAACCUUUAACCAUCUGGGGAAGGCAAAAAUCCCAUCCACCGCAACUCUCAGUUCGAAAGUAAAGAUUUCUCAACAGUGAUGUCACAAGAUUGACCACAUUGAUCACAAUAUGGAGUCUGGAGAACGGUUACCAUCCUCAACAGCCUCCUCCACUACACCAACUUCAUCCUCUAUACCUUCUGUGGCUUCAUCAGUUUCAAAAGGCGGCCUUUCCACUGGAGCUGCUUCACUUAGCUCUACAAUCAACCCAUGUGGACAUUUAUUCAGAGCAGCUGGGGAUCAACCGUUUAACCUGUCCACAGUGUCGAGUGCCUUCCCAAUGGUCAGCCACCCAGUCUUUGGUCUACAUUCAGCCAGCUCAGGGCAUUCAGAAUUUGGUGGUUUGGGGACACUUGGUACACCCACAGCCUUAGCCGCCCAUCCCCAACUAGCAUCUUUUCCAGGUGCAGAAUGGUGGCGAACAACAGAUGUUCAUACACGUGCAGGGGCAACCUUCUUUCCACCAUUACUGGGAAUUCCACCACUGUUUGCUCCUCCAGCCCAGAAUCAUGAUUCUUCUUCAUUCCAUUCAAGAACUUCUGGAAAAAGUAAUCGAAAUGGUCCUGAAAAAGGUGUAAAUGGAUCAAUAAAUGGAAACAGUACAUCAUCUGUAUCUGGUAUCAACACAUCUGUACUGUCCACUCCUGCUUCAAGUUCUGUGGGACAAACUAAAACUAUAAGCUCAGGUGGAGGAAAUAGAAAAUGUAAUCAGGAACAAAACAAAACCCAGCCUUUGGAUGCUAGAGCUGACAAAAUCAAAGAUAAGAAGCCAAGGAAGAAAGCUAUGGAAAGUUCUAGCAACAGUGAUAGUGAUUCAGGCACAUCAUCAGACACGUCAAGUGAAGGCAUUAGUAGUAGUGAUUCAGAUGACCUAGAGGAAGAUGAAGAAGAAGAUCAAAGUAUUGAAGAAAGUGAAGAUGAUGAUUCUGAUUCAGAGACUGAAGCACAGCAGAAAAGUAACAACCAGGUGCUAUUACAUGGUGUUUCAGACCCAAAAGCAGAAGGACAGAAAGCAACUGAAAAAGCCCAGGAAAAAAGAAUUCACCAGCCAUUACCUCUUGUGUCUGAAUCCCAGACUCACUCAUCAUUCCAAUCCCAGCAGAAGCAGCCUCAGGUUUUGUCACAGCAGCUUCCAUUUAUUUUCCAAAGCUCUCAGGCAAAGGAGGAAUCUGUGAACAAACACACAAGUGUAAUACAGUCUACGGGAUUGGUGUCCAAUGUGAAACCUUUAUCUUUGGUAAAUCAAGCCAAAAAGGAAACUUACACGAAACUCAUAGUUCCUUCUCCUGAUGUACUUAAAGCAGGGAAUAAAAAUACCUCUGAAGAAUCUAGUUCUUUGACCAGUGAAUUGCGUUCCAAACGGGAACAAUAUAAACAGACAUUCCCAGCUCAGUUAAAGAAACAGGAGUCAUCUAAGAGCCUAAAGAAGGUUAUUGCAGCUUUGUCAAAUCCAAAACCAACCUCUAGUUCACCAGCACAUCCAAAACAAACAUUAGAAAACAGCAACCCUAAUCCAUUCUUGACAAAUGCACUUUUAGGUAAUCACCAACCAAAUGGAGUUAUUCAAAGUGUCAUUCAAGAAGCUCCUCUGGCACUUACUACCAAAACUAAAAUGCAGAGUAAGAUUAAUGAAAACAUUGCUACUGCAAGUAGCACCCCUUUUUCCUCACCUGUAAAUCUGAGUACAAGUGGAAGAAGAACCCCUGGCAAUCAGACAACUGUCAUACCCUCUCCCUCUCCCGUACUGCAUAGUCAAGGGAAGGAAAAAGCAGUUAGCAACAAUGUAAACACAGUAAAAACACAGCAUCACUCUCAUCCUGCAAAAUCUUUAGUGGAACAGUUUAGAGGAACAGAUUCAGACAUUCUUAGUAGCAAAGAUUCUGAAGACUCCAAUGAGGAUGAAGAGGAAGAUGAUGAAGAAGAUGAGGAAGAUGAUGAAGAUGAUGACUCUGAUGACAGCCAAUCAGAAUCAGAUAGUAAUUCAGAAUCAGAUACAGAAGGAUCAGAAGAUGAUGAUGAUGAUGAUAAAGACCAAGAUGAAUCAGAUAGUGAUACUGAAGGAGAGAAAACUUCAAUGAAACUGAAUAAAACAGCUUCCUCUGUCAAAAGCCCUUCCAUCAGUCUCACAGCUCACUCAACACCUCGUAACCUCCACAUAGCAAAAGCCCCAGGCUCUGCUCCUGCUGCCUUAUGUUCUGAAUCCCAGUCACCUGCUUUUCUUGGCACACCUUCUUCCACACUUACUUCAAGUCCACACUCUGGCACUUCCAAAAGGAGAAGAGUAACAGAUGAACGUGAACUGCGUAUUCCUUUGGAAUAUGGCUGGCAGAGAGAGACAAGAAUAAGAAACUUUGGAGGUCGCCUUCAAGGAGAAGUAGCAUAUUAUGCUCCAUGUGGAAAGAAACUUAGGCAGUACCCUGAAGUAAUAAAGUAUCUCAGCAGAAAUGGAAUAAUGGAUAUCUCAAGGGACAAUUUCAGCUUCAGUGCAAAAAUAAGAGUGGGUGACUUCUAUGAAGCCAGAGAUGGACCGCAGGGAAUGCAGUGGUGUCUUUUGAAAGAAGAGGAUGUCAUUCCCCGUAUCAGGGCAAUGGAAGGUCGUAGAGGAAGACCACCAAAUCCAGAUAGACAGCGAGCAAGAGAGGAAUCCAGGAUGAGACGUCGGAAAGGUCGGCCUCCAAAUGUUGGCAGCACUGAAUUUCUAGAUAACACAGAUGCCAAAUUGCUAAGAAAACUGCAAGCUCAGGAAAUAGCCAGGCAAGCAGCACAAAUAAAGCUUUUGAGAAAACUGCAAAAGCAGGAACAGGCUCGGGUUGCCAAAGAAGCUAAAAAACAACAAGCAAUACUUGCUGCUGAGGAGAAGCGAAAGCAAAAAGAACAGAUAAAGAUUAUGAAACAACAGGAAAAAAUUAAGAGAAUACAACAAAUCAGAAUGGAAAAAGAGCUUCGAGCCCAGCAAAUUCUAGAGGCAAAAAAGAAAAAGAAGGAAGAAGCAGCAAAUGCCAAAUUAUUGGAGGCCGAGAAACGAAUAAAGGAAAAAGAAAUGAGAAGACAGCAAGCUGUUCUUCUAAAGCAUCAGGAGUUGGAGAGGCAUAGACUAGAUAUGGUAUGGGAACGAGAGAGAAGGCGACAACAUAUGAUGCUUAUGAAAGCUAUGGAAGCUCGUAAAAAGGCAGAAGAAAAAGAACGAUUGAAGCAAGAAAAACGUGAUGAGAAAAGAUUAAAUAAAGAACGUAAACUAGAGCAACGAAGAUUAGAAUUAGAAAUGGCAAAGGAACUAAAGAAGCCUAAUGAAGACAUGUGCUUAGCAGACCAAAAGCCUUUGCCAGAGUUGCCUCGUAUUCCAGGACUUGUUCUCUCUGGAAGUACAUUUUCAGACUGUCUCAUGGUGGUGCAGUUCUUACGAAACUUUGGUAAAGUUUUGGGCUUUGAUGUGAAUAUUGAUGUUCCAAACCUGAGUGUUCUUCAAGAGGGAUUGCUAAAUAUAGGGGACAGCAUGGGUGAAGUACAAGACUUGCUUGUGAGGCUCCUCUCAGCUGCUGUAUGUGAUCCAGGUCUAAUUACAGGAUACAAGGCCAAAACAGCUCUUGGAGAACAUUUGCUGAAUGUUGGUGUGAAUCGAGACAAUGUUUCCGAGAUUUUGCAGAUUUUUAUGGAAGCACACUGUGGACAGACUGAACUUACUGAAAGCCUGAAGACGAAAGCUUUUCAGGCUCACACUCCAGCACAGAAAGCCUCAGUUCUGGCUUUCCUGAUCAAUGAACUGGCAUGCAGCAAGAGUGUGGUGAGUGAAAUCGACAAGAACAUUGAUUAUAUGUCAAACUUAAGGAGAGAUAAAUGGGUGGUAGAAGGUAAACUCCGCAAGCUCAGAAUCAUUCAUGCUAAGAAAACAGGCAAAAGAGACACUUCAGGUGGCAUUGAUCUUGGAGAAGAACAGCAUCCAUUGGGCACACCCACUCCAGGACGAAAAAGAAGGAGGAAGGGAGGAGACAGUGACUAUGAUGAUGAUGAUGACGAUGAUAGUGAUGACCAAGCUGAUGAAGAUGAUGAAGAUGAAGAAGAUAAAGAAGACAAAAAAGGAAAGAAGACUGAGAUCUGUGAAGAUGAGGAUGAAGGUGACCAAGCAGCAAGUGUGGAAGAGCUAGAAAAACAGAUUGAAAAACUGAGUAAACAACAGAGUCAGUACAGAAGGAAGCUCUUUGACGCUUCUCACUCUUUACGUUCGAUGAUGUUUGGCCAGGAUCGUUACAGACGCCGGUACUGGAUUCUUCCCCAGUGUGGGGGGAUUUUUGUAGAAGGCAUGGAGAGUGGUGAAGGACUGGAAGAAAUUGCAAAAGAAAGAGAAAAACUAAAAAAGGCAAAAAGUAUCCAAAUCAAAGAAGAAAUAUUCGAGACUUCUGAGGACACUUUAAAUUGUUCAAAUCCAGAUCACUGUGAGCAAAAGGAAGAUACUAAAGAAAAAGAUAACACAAAUCUGUUUCUUCAGAAACCUGGCUCUUUUUCAAAAUUAAGCAAACUUUUAGAAGUAGCUAAGAUGCCUCCUGAGUCAGAUGUAAUGACCCCCAAACCAAAUAGUAGUGCAAAUGGAUGCACACUGUCAUAUCAAAACAGUGGAAAACAUUCAUUGGGCAGCAUUCAGUCAACAGCAACACAAAGCAACAUGGAAAAGACAGACUCCAAUAAUCUGUUCAAUACCAGUUCAGGUGGUCCAGGGAAGUUCUAUAGUCCUCUCCCCAAUGACCAGUUGUUAAAGACAUUAACUGAAAAGAAUAGACAGUGGUUUAGCCUUUUGCCAAGGACACCUUGUGAUGACACAUCACUCACCCAUGCCGGCAUGUCAACUGCUUCUUUAGUGACCCCUCAGUCUCAGCCACUAUCUAAGUCACCUUCACCCACCCCAGCUCCUCUUCUUGGAUCAUCAGCUCAGAAUCCUGUUGGCCUAAAUCCAUUUGCUUUAUCGCCUCUUCAGGUGAAAAGUGGAGUGUCUAUGAUGGGACUCCAGUUUUGUGGGUGGCCUGCUGGCGUGCUUACUUCCAAUAUUCCAUUUACAUCACCUUUACCUAAUCUGGGAUCAGGGUUGGGAUUGUCAGAAGGAAAUAGUAAUACAUUCGUGACUCCUAAUGUUGCAGCAAGUAAAAGUGAAUCUCCAGUACCACAGAAUGAAAAAGUCUCUUCAAUUCAACCUGCAGUUGUUGAAGUAGCAAAACCAGUAGAUUUUCCUAGUCCAAAACCCAUUCCAGAAGAAAUGCAGUUUGGUUGGUGGAGAAUUAUUGACCCAGAGGACCUAAAAGCUUUGCUCAAAGUGCUCCAUCUCAGAGGAAUACGAGAAAAGGCAUUACAAAAGCAAAUUCAGAAACACUUGGAUUACAUUACUCAAGCUUGCAUUAAGAAUAAGGAUGUUGCCAUUAUUGAAUUAAAUGAAAAUGAAGAAAACCAGGUAACUCGAGACAUUGUGGAGAACUGGUCAAUAGAAGAACAAGCAAUGGAAAUGGAUUUGAAUAUUCUUCAACAGGUAGAAGAUCUAGAAAGGAGAGUUGCAUCAGCAAGUUUGCAAGUGAAGGGUUGGAUGUGUCCAGAGCCUGCAUCAGAAAGGGAGGACUUGGUAUAUUUUGAACAUAAGUCAUUUUCUAACUUGUGCAAGGAGCGUGAUGGAGAAUUUACUGGCGAAGAAGAAAGCAGUGCACAUGCACUGGAACGGAAGAGUGACAACCCCCUAGAUAUAGCUGUAACCAGGCUGGCUGAUUUGGAGCGGAACAUUGAAAGAAGGUAUCUGAAGAGCCCCUUAAGUACCACCAUUCAGAUCAAACUGGAUAAUGUGGGCACAGUUACUGUCCCUGCUCCUGCACCAUCCAUUAGUGGUGAUGGUGACGGAAUUGAAGAGGAUAUUGCUCCAGGGCUCAGGGUAUGGAGAAGGGCAUUAUCAGAAGCUCGCAGUGCUGCACAGGUAGCUCUGUGCAUUCAGCAGUUACAGAAAUCAAUAGCAUGGGAAAAAUCAAUUAUGAAAGUUUACUGCCAGAUCUGUCGAAAGGGAGAUAAUGAAGAACUGCUCCUCCUUUGUGAUGGCUGUGACAAAGGCUGUCAUACAUACUGCCAUAGACCCAAGAUUACAACUAUACCAGAUGGGGAUUGGUUUUGUCCAGCUUGCAUUGCUAAGGCAAGUGGUCAAACCCUAAAAAUCAAAAAACUUCAUGUCAAAGGAAAAAAGAGUGAGUCAAAAAAAGGCAAGAAAGUGACUUUACCAGGGGAUACUGAAGAUGAAGACUCUGCAUCAACAAGCAGUUCACUGAAAAGAGGAGUCAAAGACCUGAAGAAAAGAAAAAUGGAGGACAGCAAUUCUAUUAACUUAUCAAAGCAAGAAAGUUUUACUUCUGUUAAGAAGCCUAAAAGAGAUGACUCCAAGGACCUAGCUCUUUGCAGUAUGAUCCUUACUGAAAUGGAAACUCAUGAGGAUGCAUGGCCUUUUCUACUUCCUGUAAACUUGAAACUUGUUCCUGGUUAUAAGAAAGUUAUUAAGAAGCCUAUGGAUUUUUCCACAAUUAGAGAGAAAUUAAGUAGUGGACAGUAUCCAAACCUUGAAACUUUUGCUCUAGAUGUCAGGCUUGUUUUUGACAACUGUGAAACAUUUAAUGAAGAUGAUUCUGAUAUAGGCAGAGCUGGCCACAGUAUGAGAAAGUAUUUUGAAAAAAAGUGGACAGAUACUUUCAAAGUGAGCUGAAGUUAUAAUAAUCUUUUCUUUUUUUCCCUUUUAAAUAAGGACGAAUGAGACCAGCAAUGUGAACUGUAUUUACACACAUGUGCAAGGCACAUACAUAAUGACCUUUUUUCCCUUAAAAUAAGUAUCACGAAAAAAAAAGUAUCAGAAGAAUGAUACCAUUUUUAAAGGCUUCACUCCUACAACAACCAAGGCCUUUUGGUUAUGGGUUUGUGUGAUUUAUCAGCUAAUUUAGGUAGAACAGGGAAGCACACCCAAAGAAUUUUCAAAGGAAAGGGUGUUAUAGUGCAAUAGCAAUUAAAAUAUAUCAAAUCGCACUGAAUAUUCAACACCAGAGCUCUAACAUGGGAAAUGGUUCUUUCCCUCUCAAUAAAUAUCUAUUUUUCAUUUUUUUACUUUGUAGUUUAUUUUUUAGUGAAUGUAUUUAAUUUUAUGAAUUAUUUAUGAUUAAACCACAUCCAGAAUCUUCGUUUUCUGUGAAAAGGAAGAACUAGAAAAAUUGCUUUAAAUCUUGAAAAUACAACAAGGAAUGUUUUAAAAUAUAAAACAAAGCCAAGUUAAACUGUUUACACUGAUGUGCUAUAAAAGCACCAAAAAUAAACUUUACUGUAGAGUUACAAGUACAUUUAUAUAUAUAUACAUAUAUAUAUAUAUAUGUUGCUGCAUCACUUGUGUAGUUAAAUUGUAUUUCAAAACAGUGAAGAAAAAUUGACAUGUAUAUACUGUUCAUUAUUGUUUAUAUUAAGUCUUGUUUUAAAUAUGUAUUAUGUGUAUAUAUUGUUUGCAGACAUUAUUGUUUAUGCCUUAGAAGGAUUGUAGCAUUUUAUUUUAGUCUGAAGGUAAUUAUAGCUAUACAGCUUGUACAGUAAUUAUCCUCUACCAACACUGUGGCGUCUCCUUGAUCUUGGUAGUGCCUGCCUUUGAAACAGGGUGUAGGGGAUAUUAGUUUUCCAUUUUUUCUAUUUUGUUAUAUAAUUUUAAGCCACCAGGGCCUAAAUUAAAGUAUAAUCAUUUGUAUCCAUGUGGAAUAAAAUUGUGACAAUUUCCUACGCACACAGUAUUUUUUCAUAGAAACAUUUCCCUCCCAUUUGCCUUGCCUCAGAAAUAAAUUUACAAGACAUUUGUAACCACUGUGUUUUAUCUACUGUGUGUUGUGGUGGCCUGUUGGAGGCAAAUAGAUCAGAAUUUUUUUGUACCUAUGUAAGAGUACUUGAAGUUUUAUUUAAAAUAAAAUGUUGUGGAAAAGGUAGCAUUCUUUUUUUUAGGAGUGUUAUUUUUCACUACUAUGUGUGGCACGGAUACAAUAAAAACUUUUACAAACUAGUUUUUUAGUUUUUCUUAAUGAACUUGGAAAUAUUAAAACAAAACUAGUUGAUUAAUUUGCUUUUCACAGAAUCAUAAAGGAGGAGCAUCAGAACACUGGGUGGGGUGGAGGAAGGUGGUCUUACAUAAUGUGACUUUCGUUAGUCUCUGAACCUCUCUGGACCACGUUUUAUUGUUUAUUUUAAGGUCUUGUUCUGAUAGGUGAAAUGUCUCUAUUGUAAACAUACAACCCAGUUGUCAAGAAAGAUUGGUCAUAUAAAUUCAUCUAAUAAGUCAUGAGGUACAAGUUCAAGUGUUUUAUGAUUUGAUGCCUUACUGGGGUCUUAGGAAUCAUCAAUGAACAGGAUAGGCAUAGGCCCUGCUUUCAUGGAGCUUACAGUCUAGCGGAGAAGUGAUUCUUAGAUAAUGUCCUCAUACAGGGCCUUUAAUAAGUAGUGCAGGGAGAAUAGAAGAGUUUUGAAGAAAUAUUAAACUUUAAAAUGCUUCAUAGCCACAGAGUAUUUUCUAAAAUUCCUAGAUUGUUUGUGAAGGUUUAUAUGAAAAUCAGCUGUUAUUAUGUAAAUAUGUCAGUUACUGUUAACCAAAUAUUACAAUGAUGCCUUAAGGAGCUGGUGCUCAAUCAAAAAUACCAUGUGGAACAGAGAACAAUGUGGGUCUGUGAAUUAAGUGUGUGGUUUUUGUGUUUAUAGAAUUGGCUGCCAGAUGCUCCAUGGGGAGUUGUCUCCAUGGGAGUGUUUUGCCUAAGGGAUCAUACAUGCUUAAAGAUCAUAUGUGCUUACAUUACUUAUAUUAGAUAGCAUAUAAGGACUUGAUAUUAACAUGUCUGAUGUCUGAGGGACAAAUGAGAAAUAAAAUACACUCACACAAA